AUAAAAAUAAAAAUAAAAAAUAAAAAACAUAAAGCAAUUCUUCUACUUCUUCUUCUUCGAUUUCGCUGCUCUCGUCUAAGAAUCUGGUAAAAGUUGUGAAAUCGCAGGAAUUGGUGACUUCGAUUGCUCUAUUCCGGAAAGAAGAUCAAGAGUCUUGGGAGAUCAUAUAAAUGUGAUUAAGUGGUUUUGUUUUGUACAUUUCUGAACACUACUCAGAAGAGGCAAUAUCAAGGAAAAUUUUGUUGGAUUUCAUCCUUAUUCUUGCAGUGGUGGUGCUGGUAGAAGUGGUGUUACGAUGUCGGUUACGGCGGGUGUUAGUGAUACUGUGAUUACCAUCAGGGAUAAACUGAGAGGUAAAAUUGGCCAAACAAAAGUUAAGAGGUAUUGGCCUGGUAAGGCGCCCGAGUGGGCGGAUGAAGCUGAUGAAGAUGGGGAUAUCAGAAUGGGCAGGGCAGCUGCCCUGGAAAAAGCAUUUCCUACUCAGGAAGAUACUGGAAUUGCCAGGAAAGAUGAUCCCAGGCUGCGUCGUUUGGCAGAGAGUAGGAUGGAUAAUCGUGAGGAAGUGAAAGCUGAUCACCGGCGCAUCCGCCAAGCUGAGAUUGUGUCGACGAUUGAAGAGGAGGCUAAAAGACAGGAGGGUUUGGAUGCAGAGGAAGAGGAUGCAGAUGCUUUGGAGGAGAGAAGGCGUAGGAUUAAAGAGCGAUUGCGUCAGAGGGAGCAAGAAGAAGCUCCGCUUCUUCCGUCAGAGGAUGAGGAAGAAGAAGAGGAAGAGGAGGAAGAGGAAUCUGAGUAUGAGACUGACUCGGAAGAAGAGCUCACUGGUAUAGCGAUGUUGAAGCCCGUCUUUGUUCCCAAAUCGGAGAGGGACACAGUUGCGGAACGCGAGCAUCUUGAGGCUGAAGAGCGGGUGCUCGAGGAACUAAAGAAGAAGAAAUUGGAGGAGAGGAAAAGGGAGACGAAGCAGAUUGUAGUUGAGGAAAUCAGGAAGGAUGGGGAAAUUCAGAAGAGUCUAGAGCAGGAGGCAAAUAUUGCUGAUAUCGAUACGGAUGAUGAGACUAACGAGGCAGAGGAAUAUGAGGCUUGGAAGGUGAGGGAGAUAGCCAGGAUCAAGAGGGACAGGGAGGACCGAGAAGCGUUGUUGAAGGAGAAGGAAGAAAUUGAGAGAGUGAGAAACAUGACAGAGGAAGAAAGGAGGGAGUGGGAGAGAAAGAAUCCGAAAGCGCCUCCAAAGCCAAAGCAGAAGUGGAGGUUCAUGCAGAAAUAUUAUCACAAAGGUGCUUUCUUCCAAUCAGAAGCAAAUGACCAUGUUGCUACCUUCGGGACGGAUGGUAUCUACACUCGUGAUUUCUCUGCCCCGACCGGAGAAGAUAAGAUGGACAAGACCAUAUUGCCCAAGGUCAUGCAGGUCAAGCAUUUUGGUCGGAGUGGAAGGACUAAAUGGACGCAUCUUGUCAAUGAGGAUACUACUGACUGGAAUAACCCAUGGACAUACAAUGAUCCUCUUCGUGCAAAGUACAAUGCAAAAAUGGCCGGAAUGAACGCGCAGAUAGCGAAACCUAAAGGAAGCAAGAAAUUGAAGGACUGGGAAGCUCGCUGAAUUUUAAUCUCUGAAUUAUUCGUUGAAUGAUGGCUUUUAGGCACUUACAUUGCUGGUGGGUUUUUUUUCUUCUUUCUUCUUUUUUUCCCUGGCUAUAAUAUGAAUGUAGACUUAAGCUCACAUUUUAAUGCAACUUUCCAUCAAAUCAUAGAAGUUAAUUUUGAUAA